GAGCGCCGCCUCCUCGCUUCCGGUGCCGCCAUUUUGCCGUGAGACAGCAGGGCUGGUGCCGUAGGGAUGCUGUCCGCAGCGCGAUACGCCGAGCUGAGGCCGGAGCCGGGAUAUGGGCUGGGCGGACCUGUGCAGUACCGCUUCUCGCCAUACACCUUCAACGGCGGGACUGUGCUGGCGAUCGCUGGGGAAGACUUUGCAUUGUUUGCCUCCGACACACGGCUGAGUGAAGGUUAUGCAAUUCACAGCCGGGACAGCCCCAAAUGCUACAAACUAACAGAGCGAACAGUCAUUGGAUGCAGUGGCUUCCAUGGUGACUGCCUUACACUCACAAAGAUUAUUGAAGCAAGAUUAAAGAUGUACAAGCAUUCCAACAACAAGACCAUGACUACCGGAGCUAUUGCAGCAAUGCUGUCUACAAUCCUGUAUUCUCGACGUUUCUUUCCUUACUACGUUUACAACAUCAUUGGUGGACUUGAUGAGGAAGGAAAGGGAGCAGUCUAUAGCUUUGAUCCAGUAGGCUCAUACCAGAGAGAUUCUUUCAAAGCAGGUGGAUCAGCAAGUGCCAUGCUGCAGCCAUUGCUUGAUAACCAGAUUGGUUUCAAGAACAUGCAAAACGUGGAGCACGUACCUCUGACCCUGGAGAAGGCUUUGCAGCUGGUUAAAGAUGUCUUUAUUUCUGCUGCUGAGAGAGACGUGUACACUGGUGAUGCUCUUAAGAUCUGUGUUGUCACCAAAGACGGAGUUAAAGAGGAAACCAUCCAAUUAAGAAAAGACUAAUUCAGUUCACAUACAAACGUGUAAUCUACGGUGUACAAUUUAACUGUAAUGUGAAGGUGUUUGUCUUAUUAAAUUUUUUCCAAGAAGUUUGA